AUGAGCCGCAAGCUCGCCCCCGAAGCCAAUCGGAUUCUCUUUGCCAAGAACCUUAAGUACGUGCUCCAUCAAUCACCGCUUUACUCCGUCGUGAUUCCCGAGAUUUCAGCCCUACAGGCUGUCAUCUACAAGCGUGAUCAGGAUCGUGCAGAACAGCUGUUUGAUCUCUUCGGCAAAUUUGGGCCCAUUCGCCAAAUUCGCCAGGGUAUCGCCAACAACUCCAAGGGAACCGCAUUCGUGGUAUAUGAGGACGUUCACGACGCCAAACAGGCAUGCGAUAAACUAAACGGUUUCAAUUUUCAGAACCGUUACUUGGUCGUAUUGUAUCACCAGCCAGAAAAGAUGCUGCGCACGAAAGAGGACCUCUCAGAGAGGCAAGAUAACCUAGAACGGCUCAAACAGCAACACGGGAUAGAAUGA